UAUAGUAAAUAGAUUGGAACCGCGCGUCGUCGUCUGCCAUUUUGUUUGUAAUUUUGCAAAUAUCUAAAUAAAUACUAAUUUAAAACGUAAUCUUACGUUAACAAGAGAUUAGACGUGUUAUUUAUCGUUAGGCAACGAUAUAAGAUAUAUUUAAUUCCAUUAUUUAGUGUAAACUGGGUGUAACAUUAAGUUAACCUAACAAAAUAUUUUGUGUCGUAAAUUAUUAAACUUUUGUUGUGAAUAAGUGUAUUAUGGUUCGCGGCACCGGUAGAGGAGGCCGAGGCAUGCCGGGCCGCGGUGGUAUGGGGCGCCCGCCAUUCAACAGGCCCCGUGUAUUGAUGCUCAGACCUCCUUUCGACUUGAUUUUGGCUGAACCGGCAUUUCCUAGGUGCAAGCCAGCGCCUGAUGAUUCUGCUCUCACACAGGCCCUUCUCAAAAGACAUGCAGAGCUAUGUCCAACGCCCGCAGAGCAGUCUGCAGUGCUGAGUCUCAUCACCAAACUGCAAACUGUGCUGGACAACUUGGUUGUGGCACCCGGAGACUUUGCAGCAUGUCAAUUGGAAGAGGUUCGUCAAGUGGGCUCUUACAAGAAAGGAACGAUGAUGGCCGGUAAGAAUGUGGCUGAUAUUGUGGUCAUCAUGAAGACAUUGCCUACUAAAGAGGCUGUGGAGGGACUUUCUAAUAAGGUUAACGAGGAGCUAAACAAACUGAUGAGAGCGGAGACGCCCAGUACUUCGGUCACCACGGCUUGUCAUGAACGUGGCUUCACGGUCACGGGUCCCAGUGCUGCUGUCCGUGUGCUCAUCACCACGCUGCAUCAGAAUCUGAGGAAAUUGGAGCCUGAGGUGCAUCUAGAUUACAAAGUGAUUAAUAGCCACCUGGCUGCCAUCCGUCACAGUCGCUGGUUUGAGGAGAACGCUCAUCAUUCCUCUAUCAAGGUACUCAUCCGCCUCCUCCGAGAUAUGUGCGCUCGCCACUCAGGACUCGAACCUUUAACCCCGUGGAUGAUCGACCUGCUAGCCCACCACUGCAUCAUGAACAACCCGGCUAGACAGGCGCUGCCUAUCAAUGUGGCAUUCAGACGGGCUCUAUCCCUGUUAGCCGGAGGCCUGUUCCUGCCCGGCUGCGCGGGUCUGGCGGACCCGUGCGAGGCGGCGCACGCUCGCGCACACACCGCGCUCGACCUCGCCGCGCAGGACCUCGCCGCCGCCACCGCGCAGACUCUUCUCCGCGUGGUAGCCCGAGGUGGUCACCGCUACGUGCUCGGUCUACAAGCCUUCGAGGGAGGCAAAGACAUUUCUACUGAGAUCACUGUAUGGGACGGAGUGGUGGUCUCUCCCCUGGCACCAGCCUACCAGGAGACUCCGGAGCCCAUGGAUACAGAUGACAAAGACGACGAAGUUCAAGAUGGAGUAGCCGCUUAGAUUAUAAUUAACUUAAUAUAAGUUUUAUAUUAAAAGAUCUUUAAUAAUAAAUUAAUUAUUACCACACCAA